GAGUCACAAAGGCGGUUGCUAGGCGCCGAGUGGAGAAAAAAAAAGCGGCAGCUACCCUGGAGCCUGCAAUCUGCGUGGAGUUUAGUAGGUUAAGAAUAUAGUAGGCAUAAACCACCAAUCCAGGCACUGUUUUAUGUUGGAUGUCUCCAUAGCUAUAGUGAAAACUGGAGGUUACUAAGAAGUCACACUGACUGUCAAUGGCAGGCUACCAGCUCUGGUCACCAUGGACCCCACUGGAUGAGAGCUUCCAAUGGCUGCGGCACACUACACCUACCCCUUCCUCCAAACACCCUUUUAGGGCCUCUCCUUGCUUCCCCCACACCCCCUCUGAUCUUGAAGUGCAGUUGUGCCUUCAAGAAGUCACGCUUGUCCUAGACAGACCACUUGUGGAACCUGGAGAGAGCCCCAAGUUACCCUGUCACACAUCAGAGCUCCGAGCUGUGAGUAACAAGAAAGGGGUGGUGAGGAAGCCGCAGCCAGUCCGCCUCAGUGGAGUGGAUUCUGUUUUCGGUAGGGUCAUCACAGCCCAGCCACCCAAGUGGACUGGAACCUUCAGAGUUUCAGACAAGUCAGCCUUCUGCAAAAUAAUCAGCAGGGAGCACCAGUGGCCUACAGGGCUCAAGGAGCCUCAGGUCCAAAUGACAGUGACCAUGUGCAAACAGAUGCUACGCUCAAUCCUCUUGCUGUAUGCGACUUACAAGAAGUGCACCUUCGCCUUGCAGCACUCCAAGUAAAGGGUCCCCACUGGACCUCCACACCAGUUCUCUGAAACAGGACCAACGAUACUGAGCGAGGAGGAGCAGUUCUACUCUAAAGCUGGAUGGCCGUUUCAAAGUUAACCUAACUUUGAUGUGCACGUGUGAAAAUGAUUACCUUAUCAUAGAAAUAAGCCAGCCUAGUGACCACACCUUAAAUGCUGAACUGGUGAAGAAAGAGAUGCCAAGAAAAGACAGGUAUGGAUCUCUGGGUACCAGAGGAUGAAGGGGUCAAGAAAAUCUAUAAAUGGGUUAAGGACUGAUUUAAAAACAGCAUUCCCUCCUCAAACCAACAUGAACAAGGAAAACAAAAACAAAAAACCAACAACAACAACCCAACAAAACAUAACUUUAAUACUGGUAUGAGUAAAAAUAUUAACAAAAAUUAAAUAAUCUUAAUGGCGCAGCGAGGAAGAGCCUGGCAGCAUCUCUGAGACUGGGCUUCCUGGCAGAAGACAGAAGAAUCCCCUAUUUUAGCUCCUGAUGUUCUAUUUCUAAUAAAUUACAAUUAUUUUGUAUGAUUAUUACAAAUAGAUUAUAGGCAUAAUUCAAAUUCAUGUGGAAAUAAAUACUAUAUAUACAUAUAAAGCC